AUGUCGUAGUACAAAUAUAAUCUUAUGGACGAAACAAUGUAAUAGUCUAUUUUAUUGGCAGAAUAAAUCCUUCGUAUACAAUGCACACCUGCACCGGCAGGAUCAGCAUGCAUGAGCCAAACCUGCAGAAUGUUCCGCGGACAUUCUCUAUUCCACUGCAUUACCUCAGCCUGAACCAGGUCACGAGCGAAGACCUAAUGGAGUUCAACUGUAGGAACAUAUUCAAGGCAGCGCCAGGUCACGUGAUGGUGUCCGCUGAUUACUGUCAGCUGGAAAUGAGGGUGCUGACGCAUUUCAGCGAAGACCCUGUACUGAUGAGAAUUAUGAAGUCGGAUGUCGACGUGUUCAAAUCUAUAGCGUCUUCGUGGAGCAAUUUGCCGGAAGAGGAGGUGGACGACGAUCUCCGUCAAAAGGCGAAGCAACUUUGUUACGGAAUCUUGUACGGAAUGGGCAAUAAAACAUUAGCUCAGUAUCUCGACGUGUCGGAGAUGGAGGCCGCCGCGUUUAUGGACUCCUUUUAUAAUACUUACCCGGCUGUGAGGAGGUUCACGCAAUCAGUCAUCGACGACUGCCGGAGCAAAGGUUACGUGGAAACGCUCACCAAAAGGAGGCGGUACCUGCCCCACAUCAACAGUAAUGUGCUGUAUAAAAAAGGAGCUGCAGAACGUCAAGCAGUGAACACGACUAUUCAAGGGUCAGCCGCGGAUAUCGCCAAAGCAGCCAUGUGCGCUAUAGACACUAAAACUAGCGGCAGUGCUCCACAACCACGCCUCAUCUUGCAAAUGCACGAUGAAUUAAUCUACGAAGUGCUCGAGUCGAACAAGAACUCUUUCAUAGCCGUGUUGAAACAGGUGAUGGAAGAAACGGUCAAGUUGAGAGUUCCGCUGCCGGUCAAAGUGAAGACCGGCCCGACGUGGGGUGAUCUGGAAGAAGUCCGAAUCAUCUAAACAUGUUUGAUAAUAUGUCUGAAAAGUCUGUGAUAUCAUUUGCUUGUGAUAUUUUCAAUUAUGUAAGUUAAAUAAAUGGAAUGCUUCCCUAA